CUUAAUUUUAAAAAGAACAUUAUAUACUUUUAAUGUAAUACCAGUGGAUAUGUGUAUACUUUACAAUGUACAAUGAGUUAUACAAUUAACGAUACUAAAAAAUUAAAAUUGCAAAAUGACAACAAACCAGAUUAUCCACAAGCCUUACAUGAUAUAUGUAAUUGGCUUCAUUUUAAUAAAGCUGCUAUAGAAUAUCACGAUUUAAAGGAAGUCAAGACUAUAAGUUACAAUGAAUUGCAAGCGAUGAAAGAAGUAGUUGCAAAUUGUUUGAAAUGUAUACAGUAUCCUGAAUUUAUUGGUAUUAACUUGGAUAUUUUAGAAUAUUGUGUUCCUUCUUUAAUGCUUGGAAUUCUUGAUAGUGGACAUGCUUUUCUCAAUAUACCUGAAGAUCCGUUGACAUAUAAACAGAUGCUUACCUUUUUACAUAUAAACUAUAUUUUUACAAAAUAUGUGACAUCUAAUAGAGAUAUCAUAUAUCAAUUUGAUAUUCAUGGGCAAUCAAUAUAUUUAACAAAAUUAAGAAAUGUUCAAGAAAAAAAUAUUAAUAGAAAAUGGUAUCACUUUGCAUAUGCAAUUGCAACUUCAGGCUCAACUGGGAUCCCAAAAAUAGUUAAAGUACCUCAUUCUUGUAUAUUGCCUAAUAUUAUAGAUUUGAGGAGAAUCCUUAAUGUAACAAACUCUGAUAAAAUUGCACAAUUAACAAAUUUUACCUUUGAUCCUAGUAUUGUUGAAAUUUUUCUAAGUCUUUCUUGCACUGCAACUCUGUUCAUGGUCUCAAAAUCAUUAAAAAGUGAAGCUAACAGACUCUUAGAAGAAAUAUUCCAUAGCCAUGUAACUCUUCUUCAAAUUACUCCAUCGCUUUUUUUUCACAAAUGGUCCACUGAACGUUUGAAGACAACAAUCUUGGACAAAGAUUCUCAGUUAAGAGUUCUUCUCUUGGGUGGAGAACCAUUUCCUAGUAUGAAAUUAAUUUUAAAAGCUAGUCAUCUGCAGAAUAUGACACGAUUAUUUAAUAUCUAUGGUAUAACCGAAAUAUCGUGUUGGUCCAGUAUUAAUGAAAUCACCAAAGACAACAGUACAGAUGAAUCUUAUUUAGGUGAACCAUUAUCUGAAAUUAUAUUUCAAAUUAGAAAUGAAGUUAAUGAAGUGAUAACUAGAGGUGAAGGCACUCUUUACAUCGGAAGUAUCAGUAGAAUUUGUAUCAUUGGAAAUGAAAUGGACGAAAAUUUAACUAAACCAAUUUUUCGUAAUACUGGCGAUAUAGUCUCAACAGAUGAUCAGGGUAGAAUAUUUUAUAAAGGAAGACGAAAUAAUAUCAUAAAGAGAUUUGGAAAUAAAGUGAAUUUACAGGAACUUCAGAAAGUCGCGACGGAAUUAAAUUUCGUACGAAUUUGUGCCACAUUUUGGGACGCAAAAAGUCACAAAUUAUACCUGUGUGUAUCUACUACAGAACCCAAAGAAGAAUUUCCUAAGUUGAAAGAAGAUUUAAUAUCGCAUUUAAAAAUAUUACCAGCGAUCUAUAAACCUGAUAAAAUAAUUAUAAUAAAUGAUUUUAAUUUUACUACUAGUGGAAAGAUUUGUCACACAUCAUUAAAAAAAAUAUGUCAAGAAUCUGAAACAGAAAUUAUUAACGAUUUGCGUACUGAUGCAGGUGAAAUAUUUACAAACUUGUGGAAUAAUCAUAUAAACUCUAAAGGCACCGGUUUUUUAACGUCAGGUGGUACGUCAAUAGCAGCACUUCAAAUCUCAAGCGCUAUUGCUGAAGUUUUUAACGCGGAAUUUCCUGAAUUAAUUGGUAUGUUACUAAAGGACGUUACGUGCAACGAAUGCAUCAAUUAUAUUAGAGAUACUUUAAUUCAACAAGGCUGCAGCAAGAAUGUCAGUCGGCGCGUCAACAUUUCUUUUGAUGACAAAUCUUCCCAGAAAUGUAAUGCAAAAGAAUUCUUAACAAGACAAUCAUCGUCGAAUAAUACUUCAUCAUUAAAUAAAAAAAAUUUCUGUCAAUGGUAUAAAUGUAGAGGAAAAACUUACAGUAAUAUAUUAAUGCAAGAAGAAAGUACUGCUCUCUCACAAGAAGAAAAUAUUAAAUUAUUAGCGACAUAUAAUUUGCAAAAGUGUGUCGAUGCCUCACCAAUAGUAUACUGUUAUUCUAAGACAGAAUUGUACGCAACAGUCGGCUCACACUUCGGUAUUAUAUGUACUGUUGAUUUGCUAAAAACUAACAAUAAACCGUACGAGAUUCAAUUACCAAAUAGGAUAGAAGCUUCUGUUUUAGUCCUGACGGAAUUUCAUGGCAUUGUAGGUUGUUACGAUGGGUAUAUAUACUGUAUCCAUUUAAAAACUGGCGAAGUAAUUUGGAAAUUUCAAACGCAAGAUAUGGUGAAAUGUACGGCGAUAACGUGUACACAAGGGAACAAAAUAUUUGUAGGUUCUUAUGACCACUACGUAUACUGUCUUUCAAUCGAGGAUGGUACUCAAAUAUGGAAAACUGAAGCGAGCGAAGGUGGAAUCUGUGCUACCGGUUGUUUGCAUCGAGAAUCAACUUCAGUUCUUUUCGGGACACUGGAUGGUUCGUGCGUAGCCUUGCAGCAAUCUUCCGGACAGAUUUCGUGGAAACGUAAAUUGCAGGAUCCAAUUUUCGUCGCACCCGUUGUUCUUCGAACCGGAUACGUCUUAUUUUGUUCCGUGGCUGGAGCAUUGUGUUGUUUCGAUAUCGAAACUGAUUGUCAGAUGUGGCGAUAUAUGAUACACGGCAAUGUGUUUUCGUAUCCCGUGAUAUGGAAUGUCGAAUCUACAAACAACGAGUAUGUUAUUUUGGCUAGCCAUAACAAACAUGUGUAUUGUUUGAAAAUGCCAAGGAAGACUGAAAGAAAUGAACCAAAAUUAAAAUAUACGUUACAAUUGCCUUCGCCUAUUUUUGCGACUCCUUGGUGCGAAAAUGGACGUAUGUUUGUAGUAUGUACAGAUGGUAUCCUUAAAGUAUUCGAUCUUUCGGAAGGUAAAUUGUUGGCGAUCAAGCAACUUCCUGGCGAGACGUUCUCUUCGCCAGUUGUUCACAACAAUCUCGUUGUCUUAGGAUGCCGAGAUAAUAAUCUUUACAUUUUGAAAUUGUGCGCAACAUGAUGUAAAAAUAACAUUAAAAUUUUAUAUAAAAAUGCGACU